GAGCGAGGUUUCCGAGAAGACAAGGCUCACGCGCCGGAAAGCGAUAACGCUGCAUUUUCGCUUUGACCAGUGUCCAGUUGACUGUUUGUCGGAUACUUAUUGAAUGCGAGAUUUUUUCUGAAACGAUCAAGACUACUUUGUUAUUUAGAUAAUGGAAGUCGAUAAGGAAGUGCAAAGCCCUGUGCAAAUGGGUAUCAUUACUCGUAUAGCUAUGAAAAAUUUUGUAACAUAUGAUGAGGUAGUUGUGAAACCGGGGAAAAACCUCAAUCUUAUUAUUGGUCCUAAUGGCACAGGAAAAUCAACUAUCGUUUCAGCCAUUGUUCUGGGAUUAGGUGGAAGCCCAAGUGUUAUUGGUCGUGCACCACAAAUUGGCCAUUACGUCAAAUCUGGUGAGCAAAAUGCCACUAUCGAGAUUGAUCUUCAAAAUGGUCCAAACAAGUUCGUUACAGUCACUCGGAUGUUUAACUUACAAAAUCAUACAACAUGGAUGGUCAACAAAAAAGGUGCUACUAGUAAACAAAUUACUGAUUUGAUGCGAACAUUCAACAUUCAGGUUGAUAAUCUCUGUCAAUUCCUACCUCAAGAUAAAGUUGUAGAAUUUGCUAAUAUGUCGCCACCUAAACUUUUAGAAGAAACUGAGCGAUCAGUCGGAGAUCCAAAAUUAUUAGAUAACCAUUUGAAGUUAAAGGCAUUAAGAACUCAACAAGCUGAUUUAGAAGAAGACCUUGAAAAGAAAACACGUCUGCAAGAUAGAGAAAAACAAAUUUAUGAUUCACUGAAAGAUUCUGUUGGACAUAUUCAAGAGCAAAAUGCAAUUAAGAAGAAGCUAAAGACUUUGAAGCAGAAAAAGAAUUGGCUUAUUUUUCAGAAUAAAAGAGAAGAAUUUAACAAGGCAAAAAUAGGACGAGAUGAAGCUCAAAAUAAAAAGAACAAUAUUGCAAAACAACUACAACCUGUAGAGGCUGCAAUCGCAAAAUUAAAAACAUCCAUUCAAGGUCUCGAAAAAACAGCAAAACAGCAUAAUUCUGAAACUUCGGCUAAGACUGCCAAGUUACAUAAAUUUCUAGAUGAUAUUGAAAAACAAGAAAAGUGUAUAGAUGAAAUUGAAGCAUUAUGUGAACAAAAAAUUAGAGAAGAACAAGAAUCUGAUAAUCGUAUUGAUGAAUUAAGAGAGCAAACAAACAAGAUGGAAAAUGACUUGAGAGCUCUCAUGGCUGAAGUCGGCGAAGUUGAAAGUUUGCAAGAACAACUAAACUCAAACACCCCACAAAUGAAUCAACAUAGAGUUACAGCAAAUGAACUCAGUUCUCAAAGAAAUUUUUUCAAAGAGCAAAUAGAUCAUAUUAGUAGAAAAAUUAGAGGUGAGGAACAAGUACUACAGCAAACACAAGACAUUGCAAAUAAACGUUUUGAACUGCUACAUACGAUGAGUGCUGAUGCAUACAAGGGUGUACUGUGGCUAAGAGAAAAUAGUCACCUGUUCUCAAAAACUAUUCACGAACCUAUGCUGCUUCAUAUUAACUUAAAAGAUUCAAAGUAUGCAAAAUAUUUUGAGAAUAUUAUACCUCAACGUGAUUUGACUGCUUUUGUAUGUGAAGAUAAGAAUGAUAUGAAUUUGCUGUUGAGGUAUCUAAGAGAUCAGCAAAAAUUGAGAAUCAAUGCUGUCCAUUCAGAUCCCAACAGAGUGGUUAAUUAUCAACCAAGCAUACCACUGCAAAAUAUUCAGCAGUAUGGCUUUGAACACUAUUUAGUAUCUCUUAUUGAUGCGCCUCAAACUAUUUUGAGUUAUUUAGUCAAAAUGUAUGGACUGAAUGAAAUACCCAUUGGAAAUGAUAAAGUUCAAUCGAGCUUGGACCAUAUUCCAGAUCAUUUUAGACGAUUUUUUAGUAGCAACAAUUCGUACAGUGUAAGUCGUUCAAAGUACACUGGGGAAAAGAGUACAAGACAAUCGGCUAUUUAUGCCGGAAAAAUUCUCUCGAUCACAGUUGACACAGACAAAAUACGCAAAAUUCAGCAAGAAAUAACGUUAUCAAAAGAAAAACUCAAUGCACUCAACAAUGAGUUAAAAACAAUCGAUGAAAAGAUAGUUGAAGUCCAAGAGAAAAUUAAAGCACUUAAAGAAAUCAGAAGUAGAAUUCAAGGAAGUUUGGAUCAAAUCCAAAAUUUACAAGUUCGAAUUAAUGUAAAUGAAAAAAAAAUUCAUGGAAUGCAAAGUAACCGAAUGAGUAUUGAUCAAAUCAGAUCGAAGUACAAACAAGAGAUUCAGGCUGCAGUAUUGAAACAACUUCAGUAUUAUCGGCAGUAUAACAAACUACUUGAUGACCUCUAUAAAAAUAUUAUCAUUAACGAAGAAUUUAAACUUCAAAUAAAAAUGGAAAAAAAUAAACUAGCCCAUAAGGAAAAUGAUUCCCACGAUUUAAGAGAAGAAUUUAACAACGCUGAAAGAGAUUACGAAAAUCUUAAUCGUGAACUACAACCGCUAAAAGUAGAACUGAAAAGUGCCUAUGCCACAGCUAAGGAAAGCACUGAUGGUCUGGAACCCGAAGAUAAAGACUUUGCUCCACUGAUGAAAUCUUUCGCUAAACUACCAGCAACUAUUGAGAAGUUAUUUGAAGAGAUUCAAGCUACACAGGCCAGGAUUUUCUGUCUUACAAAUGAUCAGCAAGAAGCUAAAAGAGUACUAGACCAAUUCAAUAUUGCAAAGAGACAUUUGGAAGAAUUAGAUGUGUUGAUAAAACAAAAAGAUGAAGAAUUGUCGAAAGUCACUCAACAAAUUGAGAAAGUAAAAGAUGAAUGGCUUCCCAUGUUAGAAUCUCUAGUAGAGAAAAUCAAUGCCAAUUUCAGUCAUUCUUUCACAAAGAUGAAAUGUGCCGGAGAAGUUUCUUUAAUCAAGGGUGACAAUGAGAUGGACUUUGAUAAAUAUGGGCUUAGAAUAAAAGUCAAGUUCCGAAAUGCAGAUGAAUUGCAAGCUCUCACUCGCACUCAUCAAAGUGGUGGCGAAAGAGCAGUUACUACUGCGGUAUACAUGAUCGCUUUGCAAGAAUUAACAAGAGUGCCUUUCCGCUGUGUUGACGAGAUCAAUCAAGGUAUGGAUGCCACUAACGAACGAAGAGUUUUUGAGUUAAUUGUCAAAAUAACAAGUCAAUGCAGUAGUUCCCAGUAUUUCAUGCUGACUCCUAAGCUGUUACCAGGUUUGGAGUAUAAUGAUUCUGUGACAGUAUUAACAGUAUUUAAUGCCAAAUUUAUGGUGCCAUGUUCCGAAUUUGAUAUUCAUGAUCAAUGUGACAACAUUGUUGAAGCAGUGAGAAGACGUCGACUUGCUGCUCAUUAAUAAAUAAGCUCUAAAAGUUACUUUAUUACUACUAUUUAUGUUAUAAAUUUUGUUGAUGAAA